AUGAGAUUCAUCCGCUCGUUACCUGUGGUCCUCCCUCUAUUCUCGACAGCGCUGGCAGAUGUCGAGUUCACAGCGCCAGCGCGUGGUACGAUAAUGAAGGCUGGGGAUGUAGUAACAGCACACUGGAGGGACUCUGGCGAGUCUCCUCGAAUUUCUGAACUUGUACAGUACGAUCUUUAUCUCUGUGCCGGCGGAGACACAUUGGGAUCCCAGGAGAACCUGGCUGUUCUUAUCAAAGACGGUGUUUUUGCCCGCGGCAACUCGGUUUCUUUUAAAAUUGAUCCAUCAGUUGGCGGCAACGAACCAAACGCAUACUUCCUGAAAAUGGUUGCAUCCGGUCCCGACGCCCAUGUAAUCAAUUUCUCCGAUCGUUUCACGCUUACAGACAUGGCCGGCGCUUUCUCGUCGAAUUUGGACGAUGGCAUUGACCGGGCCUACAAGAUAUGCGCCUAUGGCAAAAAACCUGGGUCAACAAUCCCCACAGAUAGGUCGCCAACUCCCCAAUUUCCGACCAGCGCAUACGAGAUUGCCACCGCAUACCUUUCUGCGCCUACAGUUCAGACUACAGUGUCUGCUUCUUUAACGUACUCCGUUUCCAGUAUUGAGAACACUGCAUCCCCUGCACCACAUCCUCAUGAUAAGAAGAUGAAAAGAUUUCUGGAAAGGUGGAAGGAUUGA